CAAACUAGGCUACGGAAGACUUUACGCGAAGUGUCACCACAGACGCACUUGUUUGCGUCCAGUUUGAAGUCCUGCCGAACGUGAACGGAGAGCAAAAGGGGAGAAAAGUGAGGGAGUGAAACGGGCUAAUUACUCAGUCCAUCCCUCAUUUCCAUAUCCACAGAGAGUGUCUACUGGCGCUCGGCCAAUCCCUCGUGCAGCGCAACGUAAUCCAUGACCCUCUAUCAAUAUAACGCCGACAUGCGCAAUCUGCGCUACGGUAACAACAUCUAAUAUCUCUUAUUCGCUGACCCCGGGACUGUACGAGAUUGCCUGUGUCCGAUGUUUCUGCAGAUCGGAGCGCCAGAGACAUGUCCCGAAGAAAGCAAGCGAAACCCCAGCAUCUCAGAUCGGACGAAGAGGAGGGAGCACAGUCGAAAAAAAGUCAAGAUAACGCAUUUCUCUUGAAGGGAGGCGAUGAGGAGGACAGCGGCACUGAGAGCCGCAGUGGGGGUGAGGAGACACACGUGUGUGAGAGGUGCUGUGCCGAAUUCUUCAAGUGGUCGGAAUUGCUGGAGCACCAGCAGAAGUGCAUGGAUGACCCUCCUGUGCUGAUGGUAAAGGAGAACGAAGAAAAGCCUGUCUCCCGAGGAUCACCCACAGAGUCCUUCUUAAGCACCCACAGUGACUCAGCAGAAAUUAUGAAGGUUAUCGAAGACAAUGCUGAGUUGGUUGAGAAAGUUGAUGAGAGCCUCUGCAUGCCUGAGGAAACCCAGUUCAUCGACGUGGAUGAACAAAUGGAUAUUAGUUUGUCUGGGCAUAAGACAUCCAACUUCAGCACUCCACCACUCGAGAAUGAAAACCCGCCCUCUUCCCCUGCACCAUCUAUAACCAACCAUCACGACAUGCCCAGCACCAAUGUGACCCUUGAGAUCCUUCAUAGCACCAGAGUGGCUGUUGCUCAGUUCUCCCAGAGCAUUCACUGUGCAGGGCCUGCAGGCAAGUUGAGCUCAGCUGCAAUCCCUAUUAUUCUAGAGCAGUUAAUAGCUCUGCAGCAGCAGCAGGUUCACCAAUUACAGCUCAUCGAGCAGAUUCGCAGCCAAGUUGCUGUAAUGAAUAGGCAGCCCAUGCAAGCCGCCCUUAAUCCGGCCUCGAAAAGCCUGCCAUCUGACUCCAACACUUACAAUUUCCAGGGCAUCGCUCCACCCCCUGUACUUCCGCUAUCUGGAGUCAUGCCCUCUGCAGUGAAUGGGCAGGCCUCAGUGUCCCAGGCUUCUUUGCUUGUGAGGCCACCACCGCUGUCUUCACAGCCAAACUGUGGGCAAACAAACUCUCGAGCAAUGGACAGUGCCACUGUUUCCUUAACAAGUUCAAGCCCUCUCUUCAGCUACAGUGGGGCUUCCCCACUCUUGCCAACCUGUAGUGGUUCACUCUCUAAUGUCAGUAACACCCUACCCCUAAGCACUCCCAGCACACUACCAGCUUGCCAGAGUAGCCUCCUUAGUCCUUCUGCCAAUCUACCAUUACUACCUCAAAGCCCCCCCAACGGAGUCAUCUUUCCCAAUCCACUGGCCAGUAUAGCAGCCACUGCCAGUGCAUUAGAUCCACUUGCUGCCAUGAUGAAGCACCAUAAGAGCAAACUUCCCAGUGUCUCCAUUUUUGACAGCAAGCCCAGUUCUGAGGAUCCAUUCUUCAAGCACAAGUGCAGGUUCUGCGCCAAAGUGUUCGGGAGCGAUAGCGCAUUGCAGAUCCACCUGCGCUCACACACAGGUGAGAGGCCCUUUAAAUGUAACAUCUGUGGCAAUCGGUUCUCAACAAAGGGAAACCUCAAGGUCCACUUUCAAAGGCACAAAGAGAAGUACCCUCAUGUUCAGAUGAACCCAUACCCAGUCCCAGAAUAUCUGGACAAUAUCCCAACCAGUUCUGGGAUACCCUAUGGAAUGUCUUUUCCUCCUGAGAUGGUAGGACCUACUUGGUUGGACAGUAAACCUGUUCUACCAACAGUGACGUCCUCAGUGGGUCUGCAGCCACCCACAGUACCAGUUAUUGAAAGCUUAAGUGACUCAUUAACAAGUACACCCUCUGAAAGAUCUCCACACAGGCUUUCACCAGCCAGAGGUGAACUUACACCUUCGUCACCCAAUCCCACUGGCACUGAGACAGAUAUGUCAACCAUGACAUCCUCCCCUAAGUCAAAUGGAGAAGGAGAAAAUACACCGACCUUCAGUGUAGAGGAGGUGCACCUGCCACCAAACAGCAUGACCAGAAAUGUAAACGACUUCAACUCUGCAAACCACAGGUUGCUUCCACAGUCAAUAGGGAUAUCUGUUAAGGGCAAUUUGCCUGAGUCCACUGACGCAACUCUAGCAGUUAAUAAAUCCUCCUCUCCCCCACUGAUCUCUGAUCAGUUUAAGGCCAAAUUCCCAUUUGGUGGUAUCCAAGACUCUAUGCAAACAUCAGAGACAUCGAAACUUCAACAGCUUGUAGAAAACAUUGACAAGAAGAUGAUGGAUCCCAAUAAGUGUGUGAUCUGCCACCGUGUUUUAAGCUGCCAGAGUGCACUGAAGAUGCAUUACCGCAUCCAUACAGGGGAGAGGCCAUUUAAAUGUAAGGUUUGUGGCCGAUCAUUCACCACAAAGGGAAACUUGAAGACUCACUUUGGUGUUCACCGUGCAAAGCCUCCUCUUCGGAUUCAGCAUUCAUGCCCGAUCUGUCAGAAGAAGUUUACUAAUGCUGUUGUGUUACAACAGCACAUACGCAUGCACAUGGGAGGGCAGAUUUCCAACACUCCACUUACAGAAACCAUCUACGAGAAAGAUGCCGAUAUGGAGAGUUUUGACAGCAUGAGCACUUAUGAUGAUGACUGUCUUGAUGACAUUUCAUUCGAGGAUGAAGGGGAUGUCUUAGAAAACAAUGAAAACACUCCGAGCUCCUUUUCGGACAGUCCACCUCCAAUUUCAUCUCUCCCAACCAGUGUAUCAGAAUCUAAAAAUGCAGGAGGUGACUUAUCUGUCAGUCUCAGUCAAACGAAUGGAAAAAAGAUUGCCAGAUGUGGACCUAUGGAUAAUGAUCAACACGCUCUUGGCUCUACUGCCACAGGAGAGAUGGAGAACCAAUGCAUGGGAACUAGUUUAAUGUCACAGUCAUUCAGUUCUUUUCACAUUCCUCCCUAUCCCACAAAUAAUCAACCUGAGGUCCAACAUGAGCAUCCAGCCUCUCUGAACCUCUCCUCUAAAAUCCCAGAGGCAACAUUGUUAGUAAAGUCAGAAAGAUCAGAUUGUCCUGCAACAAAUUUAGUUAAUGGGGUGACUCUUAAUCAAACAGGAAUCCAGUCCAUCAAAUCUACAGUCAAGAAAGAAAACCCUUUCAACGUGCAGAGUUUCAGUAAAGAACAUGAUAAUGCUCAAAGGUCUGCUGAACAGGAUGCUAAAAAUGCACCGACUGUAGUUAAAAUGGAGAUGAGCGCUUGCAGUAGACCGUACAUGCUAAAAGAGAGGCCUUUCCCUGCAUUUGGCCUGCAAUCUCCUGCUCUCCGAUCUGAGAUGAUGAUACCAGGCAUCACCUCUCUUACUGGACCACCCUCUAACCGACGGACCCCUAAACAACACAACUGCAGUGCAUGUGGGAAGAACUUCUCUUCAGCCAGUGCCUUGCAGAUCCAUGAGCGCACACACACAGGUGAAAAACCCUUUGGCUGCUCAGUCUGUGGUCGCGCUUUCACAACAAAGGGUAAUCUUAAGGUGCACAUGGGCACCCAUAUGUGGAAUAACACACCAGCUCGCAGAGGAAGACGUCUGUCUGUGGAAAACCCCAUUGCUCUACUUGGUGGUGACGCUCUAAAAUUCAGCGAAGCAUUUCAGAAGGAUUUAGCAGCGCGGGCUAUAAAUGUGGACCAAACCUUCUGGAGCCGAUAUGCAGCAGCUAUAACUAACGGCUUAGCCAUGAGGAACAAUGAAAUAUCCGUUAUUCAGAGUGGAGGAGUCCCUCAUCUCCCUGCCAUUACUGCAGCCACGGACAAGGCUAUCACUGGAAACAGCCCACCAAUCACAGCCCUGGAAAAAACAGGCACAGAUAGAAGUGCUGGACAACACUUUUCCAUGAUGAUGGAUGACAAAAAAGACAUUGGAAUCAAUUGAAGUAAAGUUGACAUAUUUUUUCUCCUUAAGGAAUGUUGAGAAUAAAUAUGUAUUGAUUUUUUAUUAGAUUCUAUUAAACUCUUUAGAAUGUGCUACAUUCAUGUGGGAAAAGUUUAUGUUGCUCUAAUGGCACAUGCUCUUUAUUCUUCUGUCAUAACUGAGGCCACGAUUAGUUUUAAAACUAUGCUCACUGACUGAAACUUUACACUUGAUUAAAGGGCAUUUCUUUGAGAAUAAAAUGAUUAUUUAUGAUGUAAAUAUGUAUUUUAUUUUUCUUAUUUUUGCAGUAAAACUUUCAUGGGAAAGGGAACAUGUUUGCAUACAUAAAAGAAGCUUUUCAUUCCCACACUUUAGUCUUAA